AUGGCCGCCCCCGGCCAACCCUCCCCUCAGCAAAUCGCCGCCAUGCAACAGCAGUUCGCUGCUGAAGCGGCCAGGCGAGGAAUGAGCCCCGAGGACUUCGCCAAGCAGCAGCGCGAGCAGUUAAACGCAGAGGCUGCUAAGCAGGGGGUCACGACCGAGCAGUAUGUUGCGCAGCUGAGGAUGCGUGCACUUGCCGCCCAACAGAAAGCCGCGGAAGUGCAGCGCCAACUCCAGGCACAGGGAAAUGGUGGUGCCGCACAGCCAGGACAGCAAGGGCCGCCUGGACAAGGGCCGCAGCCGGGACCGCAACAGCACACGCAGCAGGUCCCUGUUAACCCGAAUAACCCCAAGAACCCCAAGGCGAUCGCUGUCGCGCAGUUUCUACGAUCACAGAACCUCAAGACGAGAACCUGUGUAUUGGAUGGCCAGAGAAAGGAUAUGUUCAAAGUGAAACGUGCUAUUCGUGCCCUCGAGUCUCCUGCAUACGCCAAAGCUCAAAAGAAGAACCCUCUCCUCCCCCCAGUAACAGACCGCGCCUCCGCCGAGAACGUGUUUAAGCUCCUACCCCUGUCCAUCCUUGCUCUCCGCGUCUCCAAAAUCGACCCACACGCCGGCCACGGCCACUCAAAGCCCGCGAAGCGAGUCAAGGGCCUCUGGACCGUCAAGAUCGAACAACACCAAGAAGCUGACCCCAUGAUGCAUUACGUCUGGCUGUACGAUGGGCCUCAGUGGAAGCAGAAGGCCAUGGCCGCUGCUGUUGUCGCCGGUAUCUUCGCAGUCGUACUCUUCCCUCUCUGGCCUAUCAUGCUCCGACAGGGAGUGUGGUAUCUGAGUGUGGGCAUGAUGGGCCUGCUGGGCCUGUUCUUCGCCAUGGCCAUCUUCCGUCUUAUUCUCUUCUGCAUCACCGUCUUUGCUGUGCCGCCCGGUCUCUGGCUCUUCCCGAAUCUAUUUGAGGAUGUUGGUUUCUUCGACAGUUUCAAGCCCUUGUGGGGUUGGCAAGAGACAAAGAAAGCGAAGAAGAAGAAGUCCAAGAAGGGCGCAGAAGGCGCAUCCGAAGCCCCAGCUACCCCAGCUCAAACAACAGAAUCCGCCCCGACAGCAACGACAACCGCAACCACCGCUUCCACAUCCGACGCAGCCGGCCCGGUAAAGCGCAAUCUCGCCCCGCGAGUCGAGGAAGUCACGGAGGAAUGA